AUGCCGGGCCGCCUGCUGCAGGGCCUGUGGCAGCGAUGGCGCCGUUACAAGUACCGCUUCGUACCCUGGAUCGCGCUGAACCUCAGCCAUAACCCGAGGACCCUCCGAUAUGUUCCAGAGGAAUCCAAAGACAAAGUUAUAUCAGAUGAAGAGGUCCUAGGAACAUUACUGAAAGUUUUCCAGGCUCUGUUCUUAAAUGAUUUCAAUAAACAAUCAGAUAUCUUGACUGUGCUUCCAGAACCUGUUAAAUCGAAAUAUCAAGACUUACUGGCAGUUCAGCAUCAGAGAGUAAACCUGCUUGAAAACAGACAUCAACAGAAAAGUAUCUUUAAACCAGAAGAAGUUCUUUAUAAGACAUUGGGUUUCAGUGUUGCUCGAGCAACUAGCUCAUUGAUUUCUGCUGGAAAAGGUGUCUUCGUUACUAAAGGAUUUGUACCAAAAGGCGCGGUUGUAUCUAUGUAUCCUGGUACAGUUUAUCAGAAGUAUGAGCCAGUCUUUUUCCAGUCCAUUGGAAAUCCAUUUAUUUUUAGAUGCCUGGAUGGGGUACUCAUUGAUGGAAAUGACAAAGGAAUAUCAAAAGUUGUGUAUAGAUCUUGCAAUGGGAGGGAUCGGCUUGGCCCUUUAGAAAUGAGUGAUAGUACAUGGCUGACUUCAGAAAUGGAUAAUCCACUGGCUGUAGGACAGUAUGUCAACAAUUGUUCAAAUGACAGAGCAGCUAAUGUCUGUUAUCAGGAAUUUGAUGUGCCUGCAGUUUUUCCUAUAGAACUGAAGCAAUAUCUUCCAAACAUUGCCUACAGCUACGACAAACAAAGUCCACUUCGGUGUAUCAUUCUUGUUGCACUCAGGGAUAUCAAGCAAGGAGAAGAGCUUUUUUCAAAUUACUACACAAUCGUCAGCUAACUCUGUCAAUCAGAAAUUAGGUUUUUUUACUCAACUGUCAGGUUAAUUCUAAGUGUUUUUUGUUACUCAUUUCUCUGGGUUCCAUGGGUAAACAAAUACCUUGAGACCUAAUUGGAGUAGCAAUUUUUUAUUGUUUAUAUUGAUAUUAUGUUUGUUUCAAGUCCAUGAUUAAAAGCUAUUUGCUUCAUUACAGUUUCAAAUUUGUAAUGCCGUUUCAUUAAUUGCUUUUCAUCUAACUACACAGUAGCUCAUUAGAUUAAAACCUGUCUGACCUUA